AUGGGGUCUUGGUUCUCUUCGAGACCUUUGAAUGUGCCGUCGACCUCGGAGGGGGGGCACUGCGAGAUUCCGGUCAUCUUGAACGUGUACGAUCUGACAACCUGGAAUAACUACUCGUACUGGUGCGGGUUAGGGAUUUUCCACUCCGGAAUCGAAGGUGAGUGAGUUGAAACCGCUAGAAAUGUGCCCGUCUAUCCAUUUUGAUUUCAUUCCUCUUCAGUUGAGACAUCGUUCCUGGUGGAGAUCCUAAACCAUUUUGGGAAAUUUCGGUGUACGCGGUAUUAGCGAGCUUCUGAUAUUAACUGACGCAGUACUGAGGAAUUCUGAGGAGUUUCUACAUUUUGACGCCUAGAUCAUCUGUAUAGAUUCUUAAAAUGCCAACAUUCUGUAGAUUUUGCAUCCCCUUGGGACGCACUCUGCCUUCGACUGUCCUAUCUAAUUUUCCUAGGUGACUGAACUGGUUUUCUUUCUCCAACUAGUUCUCAUUGACCUCAACGCAUAUCCAUAUUUUAAACAAAAUAUCAUGAUCAGCUGCCUAAAAUUCUUUUAGGUUUAUAAGUUGUAAUCGUGAUUCUUAGCUUCUGCAUGGGAAUAUGUUGGCAAUGGGAUGAUGACGACAUACAUUUUUUUUCUGGAGAUUUUUUUGCGUUCUUCUCUAUCUGAAAAAAAUGGCCUUGAAGACAUGGAAACAGAAACUCUGAUCAUGCAUUUUAGCGAGAGGUGAUUUUGGUCAUGGAAUGCGCUGCGAGUGACCUCGAACUUGCUUCCAUUAAUUCGGCAUUUAUCAGCUUGACAUAGGUGGAGAAAAACACGUUUGUGGCCUCCUAGAUCCUUAAAGUGCUGUUGAUGGGGAAUUAAGGUUUGAAACUUUUCUUGUGACUGUGCAUUGUCCUUUUGGCAACAGGGGAACAGCCUGGCCAUAUUUCGACAUCCUUGAACGUAAAUUGGUCAGAACUUGGACUCUGCUACUUUUUAGGGGAGAUUGCUAUAGCCCUUGAUCUCAUAUGUCGUCUGAUGGGACAGGUCUUCUGGCUAGGACCUGUCUCCCAUAGGUCACAACCCAUGCCAAGGGAACUAUUUAGUUGCCUGGUGCAUUGUUUAGAAUAGAUAAUCUCCUUGACUUGUGGAUUCUCGAUCCCUAUAAACCCAGUCUUUAAGCCAGACGGGAUGUCAUUUUCAGUCAUAGGUUUGCUCAUCACAACAGUAUGGCAGUAGGUUUGAGAAUAUUGGACCUGAAUCGACAGAGGGAGGUAGUAAUCUGAAUAGAUGUCGUAAAUCUUCUGGGAACAUCUGAAUUUCAGAUGAGGUGGAUUACAUCAGUUUCCGUCACUGACGGCUCCUAAUUUGAUUUUGUUUAUGGUUUACAUUCUCUACUGAAACCAAUUAAGUUAAGAUCCGCGAUUGCUUAUUGAUGUUAUCAUCAAAAUCUGGUAAAAGAGUACUGAAAAUUUAUCAUCUUGUGAUUCGCAACAGUUCAUGGUUUUGAGUAUGGGUUCGGUGCGCAUGAUCUGCCCCUAAGUGGAGUGUUUGAAGUGGAACCAAGGAAUUGCCCUGGCUUUAUAUACAGAUGCUCCAUUUUUCUUGGGUAUACAAAGAUGAUCCGUUCUGAAUUCCGUGCAUUCAUGGAGCAUAUAGUUUCAGACUAUCAUGGAGAUACAUACCACCUUAUCUUCAAAAAUUGCAAUCAUUUUACUGAUGAUAUCUGUUCGAGACUGACAGGGAAAAGAAUCCCUGGUUGGGUCAAUCGCCUUGCUCAUCUAGGUACAUUUCCCUCAGCUCCUUCCUUUUUAAGCCAGUCUUUCAAAUUCUGCGAGGAAAUUUCUGUUUUAUUCAGCUUGGGUAUUUAAAUUACAGAGGUAUAAAGUGAGCGGUGUAUUGCAGGGGAAGUAUGCAGUUGCCUGCUACCUGAAAGCCUUCAGCUACCAGUCGUGAAGCAGACGCCUGAGUAUCAUGUCUAUUCAGGUAGGCUCAUUGACAGCCUCCCUUAA